AUGGCAGCCGACGCGUCAGAAGCAGUAUCUCCGGAGCUAACGCCGGACGUCGCGGCGGCGAUCAGCGACACCAGCGCAGUAGUGACCAACGCGGUGCCAGCGCUGGCGUUCUGUGUUACCUGGGGCAAGCAAAAGGCCGACCUCAAGCGGCGAGCAGAUUCCACCGUAAGCGAGCUAAAGGAGGAGGUGGCGCGCCUGUGGGGCGUGCCGGUGCCGCGCCAGAAGCUGAUGUUCAGGGGCCUCGUCAAAGAUGACACAGCGACCCUUGAGAAGCUCGGGGUGAAGGAUGGUGCCAAGGUGCUGCUCAUAGGCAGCAGGGACGAGGAUGUGGCGGCGGCAGCCAUGCCCACCACGGCCGCGGGGGCGCCCGCGGCAUGGGAUGCACCCGUGGCCAAGGAGGAGCCCAUCUGCAAGCAGACGCAGCACCAAAAGGCACGCGGGCAGCACGCAUGUCGUGCAGCAGAUGCUGUUUGGGUGCUGUCAAAGGGGCGCCCCGAGGACGGGCUGCCGGGCAUUUCGGGACGCCAGGUGCCGCUGGCUGAGGGGCAGAACGUCAUCCCGGGCCUCCUCAACUCCCAGGGCAGCAAGGUGCGCCUGACGUUCCGCCCCGACCUGAGCGAGCUCUGGAUUGGCUCCGCGACCUCCACCCAGAAGGUCGCCUACGGCAGCGUGCGCAGGAUCGAGGCGUGGCCCAUAGACGGCGACGAGGCGUACUCGAUCCUCGCGCUGCACCUGGGGGCCGGGAAGCUGUGGGUCUACUGGUUUCCCAGCCAGCUGGUCAGCACCAUCAAGGUGCGCGUCAUCGGCGUGGGGGCGCUGAUCUUGUGA